AUGAAGUACAUCCACUCUGAGGAAGAGCUCGAGAUCCCCGAGGGCGUCAAGGUCCAGAUCAAGAACAGAAAUGUUCUCGUUGAGGGCCCUCGCGGCAAGCUCACAAAGUCUCUCGGUCACUUGGCGGUCAGCUUCACGCACCCCAAGAAGAACCUCAUCAAGAUCGAGCUCCACCACGGUUCCCGCAAGAGCGUCGCCACCCUCCGCACUGUCCGCACCCUGAUUAACAACUUGAUCAUCGGUGUCACCAAGGGUUACAAGUACAAGAUGCGUUACGUAUAUGCCCAUUUCCCCAUCAACGUCAACCUGGACAAGAACAAGGAGACCGACUGCUGGGAGGUUGAGAUCAGGAACUUCAUCGGCGAGAAGCUCGUACGAAGGGUCGUCAUGAGGCCCGGUGUUGAGGUUGAGGCAUCAAAGAACCAGAAGGAUCAGCUCGAGCUGUCCGGAAACUCGCUCGAGGAUGUCUCCCAAGGUGCCGCCGAUAUUCAGCAAAUCUGCAAGGUCCGCAACAAGGAUAUCCGAAAGUUCUUGGACGGUCUGUACGUGUCGGAGCGCGGCAACAUCGUUGAGGACGCGUAA